CAAUCAUCGUCUGCAGUAGGCGGGAACUGUACUUGGCCAAGCUAUUUAUGGUAUCUCCCCAGCUCUCAGCGCGUGCUUGUCUCUCACCGAUAAGCGUGUGGCGCAGCACGGAUAGAAACAGUCGAUAGAAUGUCAAAAGAGGGCCAGCCACGUGAGCCAGAGCAGCUGCGGAAGCUCUUCAUUGGAGGGCUCAGCUUUGAAACCACAGACGAUAGUUUGCGGGCGCAUUUUGAACAAUGGGGCGCCUUAACGGAUUGUGUGGUGAUGAAAGAUCCAAACACCAAACGCUCGAGGGGAUUUGGGUUCGUCACUUAUUCCAAUGUGACCGAAGUCGAUGCUGCUAUGGAUGCACGGCCCCAUAAGGUCGACGGUAGGCUCGUGGAGCCCAAACGAGCCGUGUCUCGAGAGGACUCCAACAAGCCAUUUGCCCACACAACUGUGAAGAAGAUCUUUGUGGGUGGCAUUAAAGAUGACACAGAGGAGAACCAUCUUCGCGAUUACUUCAAACAUUUUGGCAAAAUUGAGGCCGUUGAGAUAAUGGUGGACCACAAGACCGGAAACAAAAGAGGCUUUGCUUUUGUUACGUUCGACGACCAUGACUCCGUUGAUCGUAUCGUCAUUCAGAAAUACCACACUGUGAAUGGACACAACUGUGAAGUCAGAAAAGCUCUGUCUAAACAAGAGAUGCAAAACACUGGCAUGAACAUGAGAGGCCGUGGUGGUGGUGGAGGAGGAGGUGGAAACUUCAACAGAUACGGCAACAAUGGCGGCUACAACAGUGACUUUGGAGGUGGCGGCGGCGGCAACCGGGAUGGCUAUUUUGGAAGAGGAGGGAGAGGUGGUGGAGGCGGCAGUGGCGGUUAUGGAGGCGACAACUACAACAAUGGAUUUGGUGGCGGAGAUGGUAAUUAUGGUGGCAGCCCUGGAAACUAUGGUGGAAAUCGUGGAUAUGGAGGUGGCGGCGGAGGAGGAGGACAUGGUUAUGGCAACCAGGGUGGCGGUUAUGGUAGUGGUGGUGGCGGCAACAGCGGCGGCGGUGGCUAUAAUGACAAUUACAACAAUGGCAAUGGAAACUUUGGAGGUGGCAACUUUGGAGGUGGUGGUGGCGGCGGAGGUGGGAACUACAGUGACUUUGGCAGCUAUAACAACCAGCAGUCCAACUAUGGUCCCAUGAAAGGGAACUUUGGAAGUGGUGGAGGCGGAGGAAGAAACAGUGGCCCAUAUGGUGGUGGCUAUGGCGGUGGAUCUGGUGGUGGAUAUGGAGGCAGCUCUGGUGGUAGACGGUUUUAAGCUCAGAAAGGACUGAGUGCUUUAGGAGAGGAGAGCAAGAGAAGUGACAGGGCAGAUGCAGGUUUACAUCCCUAGAUCUGCUCAGCCAAACAGGUGUGGCAGAUUAACAGCUGCCACCAGAAGAAGUGUACAGUAGCGCUAUCAUGUGUGGGACAUCAUGAUUUUGUCAUCAUGCAGACUUAUUUUAUAUUGUCUAUGGAAAAGCAUUCCAAUGAGGUUUUAUGUAGAACUACUUUCAGUCUUUAUGGUUUUGAUUAUGUAACCAAUGAAAUAAAACAUCCUUGUUUUUGUUUUUUUUAAAA